AUGGCUGUCGGCAAUCUAUACCUGAUUGCGGCCGUCGCCGUCAUUGGUGGUGGACUGUUCGGUUUCGACAUCUCGUCCAUGUCCGCCAUUAUCGGCACGAAGUCGUAUCUGUGCUAUUUUCAUCAAGGACCUUUGGGGUAUGAGAAUGGAGAGCCCAAAUGUAAGGGACCUCAUGCCGAUGUUCAGGGUGGCAUCACUGCCUCUAUGGCCGGUGGUUCGUGGCUUGGUGCUUUGGUUUCGGGUUUUCUCUCGGACAGGCUUGGUCGUAAGACCUCUAUCAUGAUCGGCUCUGUCAUCUGGUGCAUCGGCUCCAUCCUCGUUUGCGCCGCGCAAAAUAUCCCCAUGUUGAUUGUCGGCCGUAUCAUCAACGGUCUUAGUGUCGGUAUCUGCUCGGCUCAAGUUCCAGUGUACAUCUCAGAGAUGGCACCUCCCACCAAGCGUGGCCGUGUCGUUGGCAUGCAGCAAUGGGCCAUUACAUGGGGUAUCCUCAUCAUGUUCUACAUUUCCUACGGAUGCAGCUUCAUCAAUGGCACUGCAGCCUUCCGCAUCCCAUGGGGCUUGCAGAUGAUUCCUGCUGUACUGUUGUUCUUUGGCUUGAUGAUUCUGCCCGAGUCGCCCCGUUGGUUGGCUCGCAAGGAUCGUUGGGAGGAGUGUCUCGCGGUUCUUACCCUGGUUCACGGGAAGGGCGAUCCUAAUUCUCCCUUUGUUGUCCGCGAGUACGAGGAGAUCAAGCAAAUGUGCGAGUUCGAGCGCGAGAAUGCCGACGUCUCCUUCCUUGAGCUUCUGAAGCCGAACAUGCUUAACCGCACUCAUGUUGGUGUCUUUAUCCAAAUCUGGUCGCAAAUGUGCGGCAUGAACACUAUGAUGUACUACAUUGUGUGGUUGUUUGCUAUGGCUGGAUAUACUGGAAACAACCUUCUGGUCUCAUCGUCCGUUCAAUACAUCUUGAACGUGGUGAUGACCGUCCCCGCUCUGCUUUUCGUUGAUCGCUGGGGUCGUCGUCCAACGCUCGUGCUCGGUGCCAUUGGCAUGAUGACCUGCAUGUUCGCGAAUGCCGGUCUGCUGGCGACGUACGGUCAUCCGGCCCCUGAAGGUGGUCUGGGCGGCGUCGAAGCGCAAUCCUGGUUGAUCACAGGUGCUCCUAGCAAAGCUGUCAUUGCUUUUACCUAUCUCUUUGUUGUCUCGUAUGCUAUUUCUUGGGGCCCUGUCAGCUGGGUUUAUCCCCCCGAACUAUUCCCGCUGCGGGUCCGUGGCAAGGCCAAUGCUCUCUGCACAUCUGCGAACUGGGCUUUCAACUUCGCCCUGGGCUACUUCGUUCCCUCCGCGUUCGUCAACAUCAAGUGGCAAGUCUACAUCGUCUUCGGUGUCUUCUGCACGGCGAUGGGCAUCCACGUUUACCUCAUGUUCCCCGAGACUGCCGGUAAGACCUUGGAAGAGGUCGAGGCCAUCUUCACCAACCCCGAGGGCAUCCCUUACAUCGGUACCCCUGCCUGGAAGACCAAGAACGCCUUCGGCCGCAGUACUGUUCUGGAACAGACUGGUUUCGACGAGGAGAAGAAGGUUGCCGGAGUGGAAGCGGUGCACGAGGAGACUGCCGCGCCGAAGACUACUUAA